AUGGCUGGCCCACAAGAACAUCCGACCGUUUCUCGCCAGCCACUCAAUGCUUUGUUCCAUCUGCUCUAUGCCGGCACCAUCGUAGCCCGCCUCCCGUUUUGGCUGGCUAUUGCGCUACUUGCCCGUCAAAAUCCAAAAUGGUCCUUGAAACAGGCUCUUUCCCGCCCUAUCGCCAAGGCCAUCAUAGACUUGGAAGCUCGCAUCGGCAUCACGGAAAAGAUCUCACUCGAGCCGGGUAGCGAAGGCGACCGCUUUCAGGUUCUCCAGCCGCUUUCAUCAGAUCUCUACAAAGGUCCCCUAUCAUCGUCCAACGUCAGCCCUGAGGCAGUGGGUGCCACUUGGUUCCCGCAAGCCCCGGGCAAAGACAUCAACUCAAAGACAGUUUGCCUUUAUAUUCAUGGGGGCGCGUUUGUUAUGCACAAUGGCAGAAACAGGGAGUGCAGUCUCGCGUGCAAGGCAUUGAUAGCAACCGGUGAUACUGGUAUCGAUGCUGUGCUCUCGCUGCAGUAUCGACUAUCUGGUUAUGCCGGCCGGUCCCCCUUUCCUGCCGCAUUUCAAGACUGCCUGACAGCAUACCUUUAUCUCAUCAAUACACUUGGUAUUCCCGCUCACCAGGUUGUGCUAUGUGGUGAUAGUGCUGGCGGCAAUCUUAUUAUUGCUCUACUACGGUAUAUCCAAGAGUUUAGCGAUCUGGGUAUUCCAACUCCGAAAUGUGCCGCUCUCUUCUCACCUUGGGUCUCACCGUUAGAUUAUGAUAUGAGCAAAAACCCUCGAGAUAAUACUGAUUAUGUUCCUUCCUCAUUCUUAGAAUGGGGAGUUGUGACAUACACGGCUGGCCUAUCAGAUGUGUCAUCUAAUCCAUACAUUGUACCUGCUGGCCACGCGUUCGCCACGCCAGUGCCAUUUUUCGUCAACGUCGGCACGUCUGAGAUAUUCCUCGAUGAUGUCCAGAAAUGGGUCGAUGAGAUGCAGGCUGUUGCAGGUAAUCAUAUUGAGUUGUAUCUAGAGGACUCAGGCGUACACGACACCUUUUUGGCCGGCACCUUGAUUGGCUUCGAGAAAAGUGCACAAGAUGCCAUCAAUCAGAUGGGGUCUUUUCUCCGCAAAUUUUGA